AUGAAGAUCGACAUUGUGCUUUCUCGUGCCGCCGCACUCGUUUCGUUGGUUGCCGGUGUUGAAGCCGCGCAUGGCCACGGUCAUCACGCAAGACAUCACCACCGUGAUGUCCAAACUCUGGAGAAGAAGGGAGGCCACUGCAAAUUCCCUUCCGGUGAGGGGUUGAUUUCCAUUACUCCCCAUCUCGACAAUGGCGGCUGGGCCAUGAGUCCCGAUCAGCCCUGUAAGCCUGGAGGUUACUGCCCAUACGCGUGCCCCUCAGGCCAGGUCUCGAUGCAGUGGGAUCCCAAGGCUACUUCCUACUCUUACCCUAUGUCCAUGAACGGUGGUCUUUUCUGUGAUGAGGAUGGACAGAUCCAGAAGCCCUUCCCCGACAAGCCCUACUGCGCUGAUGGUACUGGCGCUGUGGGUGCCCACAACAAGGCCAGCAAGCAUGUGUCUUUCUGCCAGACCGUGUUGCCUGGAAACGAGGCCAUGUUGAUUCCUACUCUGGUCCAGGAACUGGCCACUCUCGCUGUGCCCGAUUCCAGCUACUGGUGUGAGACAUCUGCUCACUUCUACAUCAACCCUCCAGGAAUUGACGCCGAAACCGCAUGUGUUUGGGGUACCUCGGACCACCCCUACGGUAACUGGGCUCCUUACGUUGCUGGUGCCAACACCGUGAAGAAUGGCGACACCUACUUGAAGAUUGGAUGGAACCCUAUUUAUCUGGAGCCUAGCACACCUUUCCGUGAUGUCGUGCCUGAUUUCGGUGUCGAGGUGGUCUGCGAGGGUGACAAAUGCGAUGGUACUCCAUGCAAGAUCGAUCCUGCAGUCAACAAAGUCAAUGAAAUCAGUGGCAGCAGCUCAAAGGGUGCUGGCGGCGCAGCCUUCUGUGUGGUGACUAUUCCGAAGGGCGAGAAGGGUCACAUUGUUGUGUUCGACAAGUCUGGCGGAGAUUCCUCGUCUGCGACUGUUGAAGUUCCCACCAGCACUGUUGCCCCUUCGAGCACCGAAGCUCCUACCAGCACUAGCACUAGCACUAGUACCAGCAGCACCAGCACCAGCACCAGUACUAGCACCAGCAGCACUCCAUCGACUACCUCGACCUCCAGUACCACCUCUAGCACAUCUACAUCUUCAUCGAGCACCAUCUCUUCCAGCUCGACACAGACCCCAAGCAUCACUUCCUCCAGUAGCUUGAAACCUAGCUCCUCGGGCAUGUUCCCAAGCAGCAAGUGGAUAAGCCUGUCUGCUUCCGCAAGCUACACCUACCAGCCUCACGUCUUUAUCGAGACGGGCAGUGUCGAAGCUGCUGCCAUGGAAACCUCCGGUCCCAGUUCUGCUUCGGCUUCGCCGUCCACGACUACCCAGUCUGGCGGUGCUGGUACUAUUGUGGUCUCAAUUCUGAGCAUGACUUUGAGCGCUUUCGUUGCGAUUGCCAUGUUGAGUCUGUAG